UCACACUCCAUAAACACUUUUAACUUCUUAUAUUCUCCAUACAUUUACUUUUUACAAUCGUCGCAGUAGGUUCCCCUAUUGUGAUAUCCAUUGCCAUAUCAAUUGCACAUCAUGGCAACUCAAUUUCCUACCAAGCGUUGUGGUAUGUCAACCCUCAAUAUAACCCUCCUCCCAGCCCAUACUCGCAUUUCCUUCCCUUCCAUUUCCGCUUCUUCAUAACAUGGGACAAACUAAUCUGUUCCAUAGGUGUACUUGGAUGUACCGGCUCUGUUGGCCAAAGAUUCAUUCUCCUCCUUGCCAAACAUCCGUAUUUUAAACUCCACGCCGUAGGAGCCUCUUCGCGAUCGGCAGGCAAGAAAUACAAAGACGCCGUCAAAUGGAAGCAAGCCUUCCCCAUGACCGCCGAGAUUGGUGAUCUAGUGGUCAAGGAAUGCAAAGCAACAGAAUUCGCAGAUUGUGAUAUUGUAUUCAGUGGAUUAGAUGCUGAUGUUGCUGGUGAUAUUGGUAUGAGCCUUCUCAACUGGAUUCACACCUCCUUGUCCCUCCCAGCAGUUCCAUUUGUGAGACGGCACGACGGUUUUGUAAAGGGUAAUGCUUACAUGGGAUGAAUAAUCUAGAAAUGGAAUUCAUGAAGUCUGAACUAGCCGUUUUCUCCAAUGCCAAAAACUACCGCCGCGAUCCAAUUGUCCCCCUCAUCGUCCCCACAGUCAACCUUCCCCAUUUCGAUCUCAUACCUCAUCAACGCCGUGCUCACUCCUUAAAGAAAGGUUUCCUUGUCUGCAAUUCCAACUGUGCCGUCAUCGGUAUAGUAAUCCCCUUCGCCGCCAUCCAAAAAGCUUUCGGAGAAGUCGACCAAGUGAGCGUGGUCACCAUGCAAGCUGUCAGCGGUGCCGGCUAUCCAGGAGUAAGCAGCAUGGAUAUUCUUGACAAUGUUGUCCCAUUCAUUUCUGGCGAGGAAGAUAAAUUAGAAACGGAAGCGCAAAAGAUUCUUGGAAAGGUUAAUCCGGGAAUUACUGGGUUUGAGGAUCAAUCCGACUUGAAGAUUUCGGCAGCCUGCAACAGAGUCGCGGUUCUAGAUGGUCAUAUGGCCUGUGUCUCUCUCCGCUUCAAGAAGCGUGAUGGACCUAAACCUACUGCUGAAGAGGUCAAGAAAGCUAUGAGAGAUUAUGUUAGUGAAGCUCAGACAUUAGGAUGUCCGUCUGCGCCGGAGCCAGCCAUUGCAGUCAUGGACGAGCCAGAUAGACCACAGCCAAGAUUAGAUCGCAAUACACAAAACGGAUACACAGUUAGCGUUGGAAGAGUUAGAGAAGAUGAUAGUGGGAUCUUUGAUAUUAAAUUCGUGGCUUUAAGUCAUAACAGUGAGUCUUCAUCCCGUUCUUCUCCUUACUGCAGUGCCCAAGGACUAACAUCAUUUAGCCGUUAUUGGGGCGGCUGGGUCUUCGAUAUUGAACGCUGAAGCGGCGGUCCUCAAGGGUUAUAUCUAAAAUCUAAGGAGGGAGGCAGGUUAUAUACCCAAAUGUUCUAGAAUACAGAAGUUACAUUUCCAAGGUGAAUAAGAAAUACCUGCUUCAUUUGAAACUUUAUUACCUCUC